AAAAAAAAAAAAAAAAAGUUCAUCUCUUCUUUGAGUCUCAGAGUCAGUCCAGUCAGCAAUGGGGGAAGAACUUAAUGGCUGCUUCUCGUCCGUACAUUGUACUCUUCUCGACUAGAUCACAAAGCCUUCAUCUCCUGUUCCGUUCUCAGAUUAGACCCUCUUACUUCUUCUUUGCUUCUUGUCUCAUUAGCGAUUCGAAUUGUUUUAGCUCGUUUCUGCGAUUUGCUGUGAAUGAAGUGUUUGGGGUUUCCGGGAUUAAACAUCGUCUUUUCAGUACUAGAGCUUCUUAAGUAAAUGAUUCUGUGUCUAUUGAUCUGCCCCUUAUGUAAUCCAUGGAGAAAAAGAUCAAAAAAUUAAUGGACGCAGAGUCGGUCAUUGUCAAGGAUAUGUCUGGUGAAGGGGGACGAUGUGUUUGGUGGUAACUUUUGCUUAACUCUUUGUUCUUCUGUUAAAUCAUAUUCCAAAAAGUUUAUACAAAUCGAAGUUGUGAGAUCUCAUCUGUGUGUUGGAUUGUUCUGUUUCUGAGAUGAAGAUGGACCACAUUUUUCACGAAGCACCUAGCAACUUUAGAGCUCAUCUUCUUUACUCUGCAUUAACGUGGUAUCAGCGGCGUUCAAGGGCAUAUCCUCAGCGAUAUGGCAGAGGAUGGUGUAUAAAUCUAUCUGGGAGGAGCUUCAUAAUGUGGUUCAUGGCGUUUAUCAGAUGAUAACAACGCCUCCUUUAGACGUUUGAAAAGCUCACAUAAGUGUGACUAAAGCUCUUGAAUCUUCUUUAUAUGGUCGAAACUUCAAUGCCAAGAAUUUGUUACUUCAAUCGUGCUCCUCUAAGUAAUUGAAGAAAAUGACAGCAUCAAUCAGCCAGAAGAAGAUGUUUAUGCCUUCCUUGACUGUGUCUUCGGACAGGUAAUAAUUACAUUAUCCAAUCUACAUUUCAUCUUCUUUAUUUUAAUCUUCAGGUGGUCUUGAAACCAACAAAGUCAAUACCCACAGAGGAAACCCAUCUUUCAAGACAUGCCUGUCUCUGUAUGUGCGUUUAAACAAAACAUAUGAGCUGUCUUUGUUUUGUUCUUGAUAAUAUCACAGAUAGAGAUAAAUCUUAUUUAAGUCUUAUUUUUGUUCCUUACUCUAGUCUUACACAAGUUAGGUUAAUACGGAAAGUAUUUGUUUACUGUAAUUAAUCUAUCAAACACAAAGGUUAGUCAUUUCAGUCUUCAAGUUCAAGUAAAAUCCAGAUCACAGUUUUGUAGCGUCUGUGAAACCUCAAACUAUCUCCAAAGUCAACUCUUUUGUGUUAAUCAUAUGAUGAAACCAUAUCUUUUGGGUUAAGCUAUAAUAAACACAGUACAUGAACCAUCUAUUAUAUAUAGAUGUCUCUCCAGAUUAUUUAAGAACCUCAAAAGAGAAGAAAGAAGUCACAGGGAUCUAUUAGAACCAAGAACAUCACGGUGAAAAUGAAGUUGUUUGAUGCUCAUUGUCACCUCCAGGACAAGAGGGUCAUCGAUAAAGCCUCCCAGCUCAUAUCUGCAGCUUUAGCUGUUGGUGUUACCAAUUUCGCAGUCAAUGGGACCUCCGAGAAAGAUUGGGACUUGGUGAAAGAGAUGGGAGAGACGUAUCCUUCUGUUGUUCCUUGCUUUGGAAUUCAUCCUUGGUUUAUUGCUGAUAGAAGCCCUCAUUGGUUUAACACAUUGAAGAAGUUAUUUGAGACCACUCCUACUGCUGCUGUUGGAGAAAUUGGGUUAGACAAAGGUCCCUUAGCAGCAGGAAUUGAUUACUCAGACCAGCUAGUCGUGUUUCGCCCGCAGCUUGAACUUGCAAAAGAGCUGAACAGACCUGUAGCAGUUCAUUGCAUCGAUGCAUUCGAUGAUCUCUUAGAGAUAAUGAGAUCCGUGGGACCUUUUCCUGCUGGUGUGAUUCUUCAUUCAUUCAAUGGUUCAGCUGAAGUUGUUCCUCAACUCGCAGAGCUUGGUGCAUACUUCUCCUUUUCUGGCUGGUUCACUUACAUUGAUGAGAAAAUUGCAAAGGAGACUCUGAAAUCGAUUCCUUCGGAUAGGUUCUUAUUGGAGACGGAUUCACCUGACGGGUUACCAAAAUCAGAUGAUAGUGCUUCGGAUCCAAAACCAACUCUCAAUGAGCCUGCAAACAUUCUUGCUGUACUAGAUUAUGUUGCGAACCUGUCAAACAUGAAGAAAGAAGAGCUCGCGGAGUUAAGUUAUGUAAACACUGUGAGGUUGUUCUCUUAUCCAGGUUCUAAGCUGCUUGCAGACCAGUAAAAAUGUUGUCUAGCUCUCUACAGAAAUGUAACAUCAUCCCUGAUCAAAGAGACAAAAGAACAACAUUACUAUAUCAUCUUCUGUUUCUGUUAAUUCUGCUAAUUCUGCUCUUGUGUGUGUUAUUAUUAUAAUUAGUUGAUGUGUUUGGAAAAAAACUAAUUCUCUACAAAAUCGUCUGUUGUUUCUGUUACUUGUACUAGAAGCUGUGAUCUUUCUCUCUUA